AUGCCGGAGCACAACCUCGUCUCCUGGAAUGUCAUGCUGUGCUGCUACGGACAGCACGGACACGUCGGGCAGGCCAAGCGGAUGUUCAGCGUGCUGCAGGAGCUUGAGCAGUGUGACCUCGUCUCUUGCAACAGCAUGCUGUCGGCCUAUGCGAGCUGCGGGGAGCUGGAGCAAGCCCAGCUCAUGUUCGAUUCGAUGCAGGAGAGGGACCUCUUCUCGUGGAACAUACUCCUAUCGGCUUAUGCGGCGGCGGGGCGCACGGUGCAAGCCAGGCAAGUGUUCGGGUGCAUGCCAGAGCGAGCCGUCGUGUCGUGGAAUGCGGUGCUGGCGGCGUAUGCGCAGCGCGGUACCGCCGGCAGUGCGAGUGAGGCGCUGGAGGUGCUCCACGGCAUGCUGCUGGUGGAGAUGCCCGACGAAGUCACCCUCGUGUGCGCGCUGCUGGCGUGCAGCCGCCUUGGCCAACUCGCCACCGGGCUGCACUUGUUCAGAUCCAUGGCCAGCGACUUGCAGCUGCUGCAUGCCACACAAAAGCACUACGGCUGCAUGGUGGACGUGCUAAGCCGUGCUGGCCAUGCGGAGGCGGCCCGCGAUCUGGUGGCGGCGAUGCCGUUUGUGCCCACUGCCCAGGACUGGAGGUGCCUGCUCAUGAACAGCAGCAGCGGCUCCAAGCUUGCGGCCAGCCGCGUGUUUGCGUUGGAGCCCAAAGACUGUGCGGGCUACGUGCUGCUGGCCAACACCUGGAGCAUGCCGCAAGCUGGGGCAUUGGUUUCAACGGUGGGAAUAUGCCAGGGGGCAUCUUCGGCCACGUAG